CCCAGAACCCAGUCUAGGUCUCCUACAUGAGUGGAAGGGACCCACAUACGGGAGCCAUCACCUGCUGCCUCUCAGGGUGCACUUUGCAGGAGCUGGAAUCAGAAGCAGAGUUGAGAGUUGAACCAGGCACUCUGAUACGGGAUGUGGGUGUCUCAAGCAGUGUCUUAACCACUCUGCCAAAUGCCCGCCCCUUUUAAUCAUAUCUCCCAUCAAGUACUAACCAGGCCCCACCCUGCUUAGCUUCUGAGAUCAGAUGAGAUCGGGCAUGUUCAGGGUGGUAUGGCCAUAGACUUAAUCAUUUCUGAACAAGGACAUUGUGUGGCUAGUCUAGACUGCAAGUUACUAAGCCCUUCAGACAGGGAAAGGAGUCCUUUAAAAGCAGUCAGAGUAGAUCCAGGAAGAAGUAGCUUUGGGCAGUUUCAGGUGGGAACUCUAGGGGGGCCAACAGCAGAAGGGUCCUUCCUGAGCCCCUGGGGCCUGGGACUGGCAGUGCAACCACCAGUCACCAGAACCUGCAAGAGAGGAGAUAUCCUGCCUACCUCCUCCUUUUCCAACUUUCCUAUCUCAAGGUGAUCUAUUGUGCCCAGAAGGUGUGCUAACCUAAUGGCAGUGCUGUAAAACUGGGAGUGCCAGUCACCUUCAGAGAAGACAAAGGAAAUUUAAAAUACAUUCAACUGAUGGGAGGCAUUGGGGCAAGACCCGGGCAGAUGAAAUUUCACCUGAUCAAAGACCAAGUUCCAUGGUUACAAUUAAACAACAGCAAGCAGCUUCCUUUCCAACUUGGGCCCUACAAGAGGACUCCUGCAAAGAAGGGUGGUGAGAAGAAGAACGGUCGUUUUGCCAUCAACGAAAUGGUGACCCGAGAAUCCACCAUCGACAUUCACAAGUGCAUCCAUGCAGUGGGAUUCAAGAAGUGUGCCCCUUGGGCACGCACAGAUGUCCAGAAGUUUGCCAUGAAAGAGAUGGGCACCCCAGAUGUGUGCACUGAUACCAGGCUCAGGAAAGCUGUCUGGGCCAAUGGAAUAAAGAAUGUCCUGUACCGCUUCCACAUGAGAUUGUCCAGAAAAACGUAAUGAGGAUGCAGGUUGGCCAAAUAAACUCUCCACUUUGGUCACUUGUGUACAUGCCAUCACUUUCAAAAGUCUGCAGUCAAUGUGGAUGAGAACUGAUGAAAGUUGUAAAACUGCCUUUGUGUUCU